ACCCUUGCAAAAUAGACACCAAGAAGGCAAUCCCUGAGUGACGAGAUCAUCACUGACCCUGCCAAAACAUGUACCGUUAUCUUUAUCUCUCCUGUCUUGCUGUUGCCUUGCUAUGCGUCUCAGGCCAGAAUCCAGUAGAAGUAACAUGCAGGCCACCUUGCUGCACUUGGAUGGACAGAGAGUACGGUAACAGUAGUAGUGAUCCUACUCCUAGAGGGUUCGUUCAAACUAUUCUGCCCAAUCCCGAGGACAUGCUCAGUGAUCCCUGCAUUACAAUAACUGCCCAAAACACCAAUCAAUACAUUGAGAUACUGCUUGAAACAGUCAACUUAGGAGGAAACAGCAGAGUAUGUGUUACUGUUAAUGAUAAUCCUGAACCAGCCUGUGGAAAUGGUCAAGUUUCUUACUGCAAUACCAUACCUAGUGUUAACCUGACUGCUAGGAUAUUCUGUGAUGAUUCUUGUGAUCUCUCUGCCACUAGCUUCUGGGUCCGUGUUAACCUCAGUGCACCUGUUGAUUUUGAUGAUGAGCACUGGUGUGAUAGGAGGUUAGGUGAUUAUCCAUCAGGAUUGCUACAGGUGGUCACUCCCCCUGGAGUCACCAACCCAACUGAGCCUCCCAGUGCUGGUUCACUGGUCUCUCCGUCUUCUCUCCUCCUCUUCCUCCUUAUGCUCAUUGCCGUUAGCUUUUACGCUAAACUUUAAUAUAUUUUUAUUGCUAUAAUUAUUGUUGCACUUUUAAAAUUGUUUUUUAUUUAUGCUUUGUUUUUAGCCAGUGAUUACAUAAUCUUGUGCAUAUAUACAUGCAGAGUAUGCACGUAUACAUUACACAAAUUUCCUUUACGCUUCUUUGUAAAGAUGUUGUAUGUUACUCCUUCA